AUGAUUGCUCCAGAUAAAACUGAAUUAAAAUUCAAUCGUAAUUUUUUAGAAGAAAAAGCCAGAAUCAGACACACUACUUUAUUUAGUGAACCUCAAAAUUCUCUUACUACUGUUCUUUAACAUAAAAAGAGAGCCAGUUAGGAUAAUGAGAAUCUUAUUUACUAACGUAUUUAUAAUGCAUAUGAUGAUAUAUUGAAAUAAUAUGAAGGUGAAAGUCCAAGAUAAGAGCAUGAUAUUAAUAAAUAAUUAAUUGAAAAAUUGGGUGCAGAACUCAAAUCAAUCUUUAGAGCAUCAAAAAUGAUAGAUUUCCAGUAACUUUAAUCAUCUAAAUAAUCAAGAAAAGUUAAUAGAAGACAUGCAUAAAUUGAUAAUGAGAUUCAAGUAACAAAAAUGAUGUAAUAGUUUUAUUAAUAAUGA